UCACGAAGAGGCGGGGCCAAGUGCCAGCGUACCACGUAAGAAGCCUGCGUAAAUACUAAGGAAGAGGCUUCAUCUUCCCCAUGAAGUUGAUGCUAUUGCGACAUUUACUCGUACACUCGAUGAAUUAGUUCCAGUUUCAUCCAACGCUGGCUUGAACAGACGCGUAGCGUGUCUCAGCAAGAGAGGAGCCGAGGGACAAGAUGAGAUUUUCCGCCUUUAUUUCUGUCCUGCGGUCGGUCGGCCCGGUGGUCAUCGGCAUUUCUCUGGGCUUCACUCUGAGUUUACUGAGUGUGAACUGGAGUGAUGAAGCGUGUUACUUGGACGGAGACGAAGGCGAGGACGUGACCCUGGCUCAGGACGCUCUGCUAAAGGGAGCCCGGAAACCCAACUCCAUCUCAGUCAUCAACGAGGUGGACUCAGAAGAGGAUUUCGAACCGAGAAUCGUUCCGUAUAACCAAGUGCAACAAAGUGCUCCCAAGAAAGUUUUCAGGGCCAAAUAUAUAAGCACAGAAUUGGGGAUGCGGGAGCGUCUCUUCGUCGGAGUCCUUACAUCAAAAAACACCAUCAGCACCUUGGGUGUCGCGGUCAACCGCACCAUCAGCCAUCACUUUGACGCUGUCGUGUUCUUCACGGGCAUGCGCAAUCGCAAAGUCCCACAUGGCAUGUUCGUGGUCUGCCACGGGGACGAGAGGCUGAUAUGGAACAUGUUCCAGACCAUCAAGUACGUCCUGGACCACUACAUCAAUGAGUACGACUGGUUUUACUUUGUCCAAGACGACGCCUACACAGAGGCUGACCGCAUCAAAGAUCUGGUGGAACAUCUGAGCAUGGACCGGGAGCUUUACAUGGGCAGUCCAGAGGAGUUCAUAGGUGGAGAGAUGGAAGGGCGGUACUGCUAUGGAGGGUUCGGGUACCUCCUAUCUCGCACCCUGCUGCUUCGUCUUCAGCCCUUCCUGGAAAACUGCAGGAAUGACAUUCUCAGCGCCAGACCUGACGAGUGGCUCGGAAGAUGCAUCAUCGAUUACACCUCCAUAAAUUGUGUCAGCGACUAUGAGGGGCUUCAUUAUCAUCAUUAUGAGCUGGGAAAAAACUCGGACCCUGCCAAAGAGCAGAGCGAUCAGUUAAAGAACGCUCUGACUGUCCAUCCAGUGUCUGACCCUGAGCAGAUGUACCGGCUGCACAGAUUCUUCGCCGAGAUUGAGCUGCAGAAGACUUACGAUGACAUCGCUAAGCUGCAGGCAGAAAUAAAGAAUGUCAGCGUUGUUGCUUUUGAAGGCAACCGAAGUUCCCAAUGGCCCAUCGGGAUCAACCCUCCCUUUGAGCCCAAGUCUCGCUUUGAGGUUCUGAAGUGGGAGUACUUCACUGAAAAAGACAUCUACUCCUGCGCGGACGGUUCUCCUAAGUGUGAGCUGCGAGGCGUUGACCGCGUGGAUGUGGCUGAUGUGAUCGACGUAGCCUUGGGAGAGCUGAACAAGAAGUACAAGCCUGUUUUACACUUGAAGAAACAGCAGUUGAUCAAUGGCUACAGGCGCUUUGACCCCAUCAGGGGCAUGGAGUACACCCUGGACCUGCAGCUGGAAGUUGUAAACCAGAAAGGUCACAGUCGUUCAAUCACCAAGCGAGUACACCUGGUGCGGCCGUUGAGUCGCAUAGAGAUCAUUCCCAUGCCCUAUGUCACUGAAGCCACGCGGGUUCACGUCAUCAUCCCGCUCACCGUCCAAGAGCGAGACCAUGUCAAGCGUUUUCUCGAAGUAUUCGCCUCAAACGCCUUCGAGACGAGUGAAAAUGCAAUCCUGACAUUCUUAUUUAUCUACGACCCGGUGGAGGCGCAGCAAGUCAAUCAGAACGAUAUAUUUGCCGAAGUCAAAUCGCAGAUAAAUGCGUACGAGCACAAAUACCCCACCGUGAAAAUACCUUGGAUAAGCGUCAAGACUGAGACGCCGUCUCAAAUCAAAUUCAUGGACAUUAUCUCCAAGAAACAUCCAGUUGACACGCUCUUCUUCCUCGCCAACGUCAACACAAAUGUUCACGCUGAAUUUCUCAACCGCUGUCGCAUGAAUUCCAUUAACAACUGGCAGGUUUUCUUCCCCAUACAUUUCCAAGACUACAACCCAGACGUGGCCUAUCACAACGCGGAGCGUCCGACCACCAUCGAUCUGGUGAAAGACGCUGGGCAUUUUGAUCGCUGGUCGUUUGAAGAGGCCUGUUUCUACAACUCGGACUACAUGGCCACGCGCACAAGGAUGGUGGCGGAUGUUCAGGAGAACGAGGAGAUCCUGGAGAACCUGGACAUCUACGACAUGUUUGUGAAGUACUCAGGUCUGCAUGUGUUCAGGGCGAUAGAGCCGGCGUUGCACCAGCAGUACCGCCAACAGUCAUGCAACCCAAGGCUCAGCGAAGAGAUAUAUCAUCGCUGUGUCCAGAGCAACUUGGAGGGCCUUGGCUCUCGAUCCCAGCUCGCCAUGCUGCUGUUCGAACAAGAACAAGGAAAUAGCACUUGAGAAGUCCGCUAGCUUUGACUGAACAAAUUCUAAAAUUUCAUCCAUGUUCAGGUCUGACCUGAGAUCCAAUCAUCCAAAGUGCAGUCGUAACUAAGGUAUUCAUAUCAAGUAGUUAAUAACAGACAAAUAAAUGCAGUGAAGAACCUAAAUGUUUACAACUCUUCCCACAGUGUGUUGCGGGAACCUCUGCUGCAUCGGGCAAUAAAAAGAAAUAAAUCGACAGCACAGCUUUUCAUGUCAUCAAAUCCCCAAAUUUACUAUAAGAAUAAAUUGUGUUUUCAGCAGCACACUCUACUUUUGCACUAAGGGUUUUUAGAUUUUUUUUUUUUUUAUGAAGAGCUUUGCCGCUUCUAUAUUUUAACGGACAUUUGAGAAUCAGAAGUAACCAGUGUAGAUAUACUGACGCAUUUCAUUUUGCGCUCUUGUGUGAGUUGUAAUUCGAUAUUCGAAAUGCUGGUGCCUUGAGCUGAAAUAUGUUGUUCUUCCGGCUUUUGACUGAACACAUUUCUUGAGUCUUUUCUUCUUAACUUAAACACGUGGCAGUAUGUUUGUGGCAAGAUGAAAUCUAUUUUUGUGGUUUCCAAUUUAGCUCUUUAGUACACAGUAUUGUUGACAGGAAGGAAGUGAUGAGUACUCUUCAGUAUGGAAGGACACAAUGAUCCAAGUUUGAGGGAUGAAUAGAUAACCAUCAACUCUGCAUCAUUUUUAAUUUAGUUCACUUCCAACCAUCUUGCUGUUGGUGAUGUGAACAUUGUGUGUUGAUUAAUGGAAGUGUCGACUUUCUGGUUUGAUAUAUGCAUCAUACUUUUAAAUGCUGUGAAGCCAAACAUUUCAAUUUUCCUUGUGUUAAGUUUCUAUUUAAAUUUGUGACAAGUGCUUGGUACAAUGUGAUCUAUGGGGAUUUUAUUCUCAGUGAUGAAUGCAGUCUCCUGACAAGAAAAAUCUUGAAGUGAACGUCGCUUCAGCGUCAUAUUUUAAAUGAAAUAUAGAAGUUAUUCUCUGCUAUAUGUUUGAAAAAUUGUAUUACUGUAUUGUUAUUGUGUUUCUUGGUCUUUUGUCAACAUUUUAAAAGCAUGUAUUUUAAGAACAGUGCAAUCACAUGUAGUUGGUGGCACACAGCAGUACUAAACACCAAAAAAGUGCAAUAUUGCUGAUGACUAAUCGACUAAUAAUAAGUAAUUACACUGUAUAUUGUUGAAAAAAAGACCUUUACUGUAUUUCUUCCACACAUGAGACACUUUUAAUAAAGUUAUUUUAGGCGAUUUAUUUUAAUUGGAGAGUUGGCAACACUAUUUUAAGGCUUAAAACGAACUGUAUUUUGAUGUGGACUCAGACUGUGGAGUUGUUUCAGACGCAUCUCUAUUCUUGAGAGAAGUUUUUUUUUUUACACUAGUCAGAAGCAGAUUCCUUAAGAGCAAAACCACUGUGAAACACUGAGAGAUUAAGGCAAGUUUUUGGCUGAGCUGUAUUUUAAAGUUUUCCGAGCAAGUCUGUCGCCGACAAGCAUGGUUCGUUUUUUUUUUUUUUUUUUUUUGUCGAGCUUGUGAACACAUCUGCAUUUCUAGAGGUUUUCUCAUGUUAUUCUGUAUCUGUAUAAAUAUUUUAUAUAAUAGACGCUAUAUUUUUAUGCUUUUUAGCUCCAGCAAAAAAUUAUAUUUUGUUAUCAUGUGCGACUUUGUAUUCCACAUUUUGCAGUUACAAUCACCCAUGUUUUGAGCAACCUGCUGGUUUCUUUUUGUGCAUAUCAUUUUUACUCAAGCUGUCUGAUUUCACAUGGGUACUUUUGCCACCACGUUACAUUUUCCUGUUUCUUAUUUCAAAUGA